AGAGUUCAGCAUCAUUGAAUUCAACAUGUCAGACAUACUGAACAAGGUUUGGGAAUUGACAGUUGAAAUUUUGACAAGUAAAGUUCCAAAUCAAAUUCCAAGUCAAGUUGCUGGUAGAGUAGCAAAAUGUUUAAACGAGCGUUUAAAGGAUGGCGACGUCACGGACGAAGAAAUACGGCGUUGGGUUAUCAGAAAAAUUGAUGCUAUUAAAAGUAAGUUGGAUGGAUUAGCAAGAAAAGAUUUACUCAGCAGCCUUUGUUUUCUACAGGAAGGAAUCAAUCGACUUUUUCGGUCACUACCUGCAAGGGAGAAUACUGAAGGACUGAGCGCCGAGCGGGUGACAUUAGACAUAGCUACGCCAUCCACAGCCACUGGUCGUGACUCGACUACGAACGAAGCUAUUGCUCUUAUAAAUGAUUUCACUUUGUUCAAAAUUUGUUCCAACGAACGCUUCAAGUCAGCCAUAGAGUCUUUCAAACUUGCUCGAGAAAAAGCCACCGAAGCAUUCUGUAACGAAGGGCUAUCCGUUGAGGAUAGAAUUCAAGCGUCUAAAAUCAGAAUACUGAGCAGAAUUUUAGAAAGCCUAGACGACCCAGAUGCAAGCGUAGGUGAUUGUUUACAGUAUCUUGAACAGCUUCAUGAAAUCGGAGCAAUUCCAGAAAUGUUUUCCGUUUUGAUUUCUGGAGGAAUCAAAGCGCAGUUUAAGCAAGCGAAACGACUUGACAACAUCUCUUCCGUUCAAGUCAUGAACCAAAUAUUGUUUAAUUUUGCUAGAAACUUCAUGGAAGUACCGACAAGGACGUUUGAUUGGCCUACAAUCUUGCAUGGAAAGGAAAUCUACCAUCCCAUACUUAAAGAUUUUCGUCUUGUUGACAAACUCGAAGAGUCUGGUGUGGAAGUUAAGCAGGCCUAUCCAGAUUUGACAUUUGAUAGUAGAAUUUAUCGCGCAUUGUCGGCUGUCAACAGCGAAGGACAGAUUGUUGCACACAUGCUGGAAGAGAGCACUAUUAAAAGUUUUAAAGCUUCGGGGGAAAGUCGUAAGGUAUGUGGCGUUCCUGCGAAAGAGUCCCUUUGUGAAUGUCAUGUUAUGGCAUUGGAUAUCGACGCCAAAGAUAACAUAUAUUUCAUACUCAGAUUCCAAGAAACGGAUGAGGAAUUCUGGAGUUUCAAAUUGUUCAUGUUCGACGGUAAUGGAAACAAAAAGCUCGAGUCACCAUUGCCUUUUCUUCAGCACAUUUGUUUGAAAGCAGCGUACAUGACAAUAAACAAGGACGGGGACAUUGCCAUCUUGGAUUGCGAGAAAAAAAUCCUGUAUAUUGGAAGAGCUCAAAUUGAACUGAAUUCGUUUAUAGUCAGCAAUAGAUUUUAUGUGACCGAAUUAUUUACCACGGAAUCUACAUGGUUGAAUUUACGAUUCUCUUUAAAUGGGAAAAAUCUAAUUGCCGCAGACGAGAGAACUGUUUAUAUCUUCGCGAAAAACGGGAAGUUGCAACAAAAUAUUAAGAUAUUCGAAGACAAAGGGGACGAAUUUAUUUAUUCGGUUGCAAUAAAUCAUAUCACAAAAUGUAUUAUGAUUAAAACGUGGUCAUUGACAUUAGGGUACCGCCUGCUGAGUUUCUUCGAAACUGGGAAACAAAUAAACAGUUUAUAUUUGGGACCAAACAAAUGGAUUGAAUACGCUAAGCUAAUUUCUCACCCAAAUGGUCCAGCUGCUUUAGUUAAUGACACAGGAGCGUGCAUCAUGAAAAUGGUAAAAGGAAUGAAUUUUGAUUAAACUGGGAUUUGUCGGAAGAUUUGGAAAGUCCUUGCAUGAGCAGUUGCAUGAUGACUGUAUGUGAGUAACUGACUUGAAAUCCUUAAUAUAUACUGCUGUUUUCUUGUGCAGUACAAACACUCGACGUUUGAUUUGUUAAAUAAUGAAUUAUGCAAUAGAGAAAUUGAAAGGUUGAACAAUUUGUUAAUAGACGAAUUUGGCUAACGUUUGUUUAUGCUUAAUUCACAAGAUUUGAUAACUAACAUGCUUUAGUUAAGUAUAAAGUAAAAAACAAAUUCCGAACUUUGUUAAUAUAAUCUGUAUAUGUGAUCUAU